AUGUUGACUCUAGAAACCUCAGAGUCUGCGCCUCCUGGUGAAGUAAGCGAAAAUCCACUCAUCGCGGGUGUCGCUAACGACGGUGUGGUCCUCGUGGGGAUUGGACCUCAAGCACAGCAGUACCAUCUGCACAGCGCGCCGAUCACCCACCCUUCCGAGUAUUUUCACAAGGCUUUCAAUGGAAUAUGGAGAGAGUAG